GAGACUUUAUUGGGAAACGAAAGAAACUAAUGUACCGGGAAACGAGCGUGCUUUUAGGGUUGGGCAUCAGCAGCCUUUAUAAAGAGGAGAACGGAUGGAACUGCGUUUCUUUGGCAAACUUGUGGACACCAGAACGGAUGAGACUCUUCAAAUAUGACUGAGCAUGCAUGCCAGGAAGGAUGAGUUCCAAGACAAAGAAAAAAACGCGGACGUCCUUUGGGGCAACAGCGCCGCCCUUCAUUGACUACCUGCAAGAUAUUCUACGUCGAUAUCCAGAUGGUGGACAAAUUUUGAAGGAGCUGAUUCAAAAUGCAGAUGAUGCUCAAGCCACAGAAGUGAUUUUCAUCCAUGAUGAGAGAAGCUAUGGGACUGAGAGCCUUUGGACUGAUGCAUUGGGAGAAUACCAAGGUCCUGCUCUCUACGCCUACAACAACGCAGCGUUCACUGAGGAUGACUGGAAAGGAAUCCAGAUGGCAGGGAGGAGUGUCAAACGCAAUGACCCAAACAAAGUUGGGAGGUUCGGAAUCGGCUUCAACUCUGUUUACCACAUAACAGAUGUGCCAAGUAUAUUCAGUUCAGAGCACCUUGGCAUGAUGGACCCCCAAGAAAAAAUAUUUGGAGAAAGAACGGGAGGUUUUCUGUGGUCUCUGGAUGAUGCAGAGCACCAAGAAGCUCUAACGUCUAUGCAUGAUCAGUUUCAACCCUUUCGAGAUAUAGUUUCGCUUGUAAGCAGACCAGAAUGGUCAGAAGUCAUCAUGGAGGAUCAACACUUUGAAGGGACAAUUUUCAGAUUCCCCUUGCGCAAAGAGGCAUCAGAUAUUUCAGAUAAUCUGUAUGACUCUGACAAGGUGGUUGACCUUUUUGAUAGCUUCAUUGCGGAUGCAGACUUGAGCCUUCUGUUCCUGAAAAAUGUGACCUCUGUGUCCUUGAUACAUAUCGACGUACAUGGCACCGUUAACACCAGACUUGAAGUGAAAUCCUCAGUCCCCACAGGUGUGGUUCUGGAGUCAGAAGAUGAGUCAAUAAUCGAGGGUUCUACAAAGUUCAAAGUGAUAACCCUCAACUCAGAAGACCACAAAGAAACAAAGUGGCUUCUGACAACCUGUACCAUGAAAGAAGGCAACGUAGAAAAUCUUGAUUCACUUGCAAAAAAGUUGAGCUUUUUCCCUCAAGUUGACUUGGCAUUCCCUUGUGGUGAGAAGAGAGACUGUGGUGAGAGUAGACUGAGCUGCUUUCUUCCCCUCCCAAACAAUGAAUCCAACAAGACAGGACUCCCAGUUUACAUCAACGCAUGCUUUGGCCUCACAGACAACAGAAGACACAUCAAGUGGGAAGAGGAAGACCAGAAACACGACGAACACGCUGUGUGGAAUGAACUGCUGAUGAAGGAGGUGCUCCCACAGGCAUACCUCACGAUCAUUAAAGAUGCCAUCAAACUUGCCCAGGAAUCUGUUCUGCCUGUCUCUUCCGUGUACGACCUGUGGCCAGAUAUCGACCAGAUAAAGCACAAAGAAAAAUGGUAUGGCGUUGCUCUGGAUGUUCUUCAUCACUUAUUCAGACAGGAAGUGGCUGUCCUCUCUCUUGCCAAAGAUGAAAGACAGUUUAUCACUCCAUCGGAAGCUGUGUUCCCCUGUAAUGGUCCAACAAGCCCUGCCAUAUUGGCCGCCAUUAAAAGGACUUUGGUUUCCUGUGAAGAAAAUCUUGUCACUUUACCAGGUAGUGUUGCAAGAGCUAUACAUGAGGCCCACCCACACCGCAACACCCUAAAACAUGUGACCCCAACUUUCCUAAGAGACAUUCUCCGCAGGAUUGGCGUGCACACCGUCUCUAAAGACGACAAACUCUGUCUUUUGGAGUACGUUUUGAGCGAUGGAAAAUACAAAGAGCUCAAGGGUCUUCAGUUGCUUCCACUCAACGAUGGCUCUUUCAGAUCUUUCACAGACAGAGAGGAGGACACUGCUUUAAUUGACAGCAACGAAUUUCCAAGAGUCUUGCUACCAUACUGCAAACACCUCUUCAUCCCAGAUGAUCUCAGUCCAGCCUGCAGCACCCACCUGAAAGAACUGGCCAGAAAAAAUUUAUUCAAGGUCAUCAACAUUGACGCAGACCGGGUGGCUGAAUAUACAAGGAGGUAUUUGCCACAGGACUGGAAGCAGACGAGGACGGGGCUUGUUACCUGGGACAUCAGCAGCAGCCAACAUCCGCCUUUAGACUGGCUCCAAGAAUUCUGGAAAUUUCUCAACACUCACUUCAAAGAGUUAAGUAAUUUCACUGGAAUGCCAUUAAUACCAGUCAGUCCUCUGUCUGUCAGUCAGCCUGUAUCACUAGCAAGACUAGAGCAGAACACAACCCUCAUUUUUCAGAAAAACAAGCAGGGGAACUUGCCGGAACAAAUAGCUCAGUUAGUGAACAAAGUCGGUGGCACAGCGGUGAGAGGAAACGAGUGGCUCAAGCACGAAGACCUAGACUCAUAUGUUCUGUGCCCAUCUCCAAAGAGUGUCAUGAAAGUCUUGGUGAAUUUAGUUUCACAGGAUGUCAUCAGAAAACUCGAGACUGCCUCUAACAGAGCACGAGAAGAACUGAAAGAUUAUCUCUCUCGUCUGGAUUCUCUCUCAGUCACUGAGAAAGAUUUGCUCUCCAAGUUGCCUCUGUUUCAAACCAUGAAAGGAUCCUGCGUUGCUGCUCAAUCAAAACGGGCUGUGCUUCUAAUUUCUGGUCUAAAAGUACCAACAGAGUUCCCCAUGCCCGAUUCAGUUGUGCAGUGUGCAACUGAGGCUGAUCGCAGACUGUUGCAGCUGCUCAAAGUCGAUCUCUUGGACACCACCGAAGCAGCCAAUCUCCUCAUUGACUGUAUUGAGAAGGGGGCUUGCAGAAAAGAAGACACUGAGAAAAUCAUGACUUGGAUUUUACAGCACGGUGAUGUCCUUUUCUCUCAAAAUCAGACCUUGAAACGCAGAUGUAAGGACUUGAGCUUCAUUGGAGUGAAUGGAAAGCUGAAAAAGGCCUCCAGCUUUUUUGAUCCAAGAAUUGAAACCUUUAAAGUCAUCUUUGAGUCUGAUUUCUUCCCCCCACCUUUAUACACUCACACAUCGCAGAUGCUGCAAAGCCUAACAGAUCUAGGAUUGCUAAAUAAAGAAGUAGAUGUGUCACCUGAGCACGUCAUGCAUGCCGCCACACUGAUUGACAUAUCACAUGUUGACUCUCAAACUGAGGCUCUCAAAAGAGCUCAGGUGCUCUUGAAGAUGUUGAAUACUAAUGAUCUGCUGUCAAAGUUUUCUCAUGAGCAACUCAAUCGCCUCAAAAUGCUAAAAUGGGUCCCAUGUGCUAAGCCUGGUAAUGACAAAAAAUCUCAGACAAGUUGUUUCUUCUGCCCGGAUGAGAUAAGAGAUUCUGUGUACAAGGACAUUGUUGCGCAUGUAAUGCCUCUGGUGGGAAAGUUCAGUGACAGAGUUAGCAGCCAACUUGGUCUCAAACGCCUACCCCCACCUGAAAAAGUGAUAGAGAAUUUGUCAGUCUUGACAUCAAAAGCACAGAAAAUGAGUGAUCCUGACACAAAUGUGGAUUUCAAAAGGAAGUUGCAUAGCAUUUACAAACACAUGCAAGACCACAUCUCUGAAUUUUCAACAGUGAUGAACAAAGACACGCCCUGGCUGUGGAGCCACAACAAGUUUGUAUCACUUCAGGAUCUGGUUCUAGACUACCCACAAAAUCUUGAUUUGAGCUCUUACAUUGGAAAGGUGCCAAAAGAAUUUCGGCCAUACAAGAAGUUGCUCCGGGAGUUUGGCCUGAGAACGGUGCUUUCAGAUGAAGAAAUUGUUGGCAUUCUUCAAUCUAUCCAGCAAACCAUUGAAGAAAGGCAACAGCCAUUUGCAAGUCCCUCUGAGGUAAAAGUGUCAAUAGAAAUCCUUAACUGGCUUUGGAGAGAGAAGAAGACCGUUCAGGAUGACAUCCCAGUGCCAGUCCUCUUAGAGGGUGAACAACAUACCCUUAAACCAAUGUCAACAGCAGUCUUCUGUGACGUGAGCAAAAAUGGGUUGAAAGAGCUCAAGUACAGCCAGGAGGAAAUUCAUGUCGUACAUGAGGAAAUCCCAAAAGCAGCUGCUGAAUGGUUUAACAUCCGAUUUCUCAGUACCUACAUCCUCGAUCCAGAGUUAGUGGGAAUAGAACAGUGUGGACAAUCUGAACCGAUAACCACGAGGAUUAAAAACAUUCUCAAAGAGUAUGAUGAAGAAAGUGACAUCUUCAAAGAGCUCAUUCAAAAUGCAGAGGAUGCUGGGGCAGAAGCAUGCAAAUUCUUGGUGGAUUUCAGAGUGCACAAAGAUGCCCCUGAAAGUCUCAUUGACCCUGACAUGACACUUUGUCAGGGACCUUGCCUUUGGGCAUUUAAUAAUGAGCAGUUCACAGCGGAGGAUUGGAAAAAUAUUGUCAGAGUUGGCGCUGCCUCAAAGGAAAACAAGGUGGAAAAAAUUGGAAAGUUUGGACUUGGAUUCAAUACAGUGUAUCAUGUGACAGAUGUUCCUUCUAUCCUCAGUGGCAACAGUCUUCUCAUACUUGAUCCAAAUGUAACUCACCUCAAGAAGCACAUCAGACACAAAGCAAAUCCGGGAAUCAAGCUGGAUCUCUCACAGAAACGACUUUUUCAUUGCUUUCCUGGUCAGUUUGGACCAUACGAACGCAUUUUUGAUUGUAAUUUCAGCAGACAAAGUCCCCCUGAGCCCUAUCCGGGCACUCUGAUCAAACUACCUUUCCGAACUGAAGAAGAGGCUCUUGAGUCAGAAAUAAGUGCAAAGGUGUAUCACAAACACGAUAUCAUCACUUUUCAACAGCACUUAACUAACAAUUCACAAACUCACCUGCUGUUUUUGAAGAACAUCAAUACAUUAUCUCUACAAAGUAUCUCAAACGAUGUUUCAACUCCGCCAAGAGAUGAUGAAAUCGAAACCGUCCUCACUGUCUCCAAAACCACUGUGAGUACAAUGAAGAUUCCUGAUGAAACCAAUGUGACAAAGCAGCAUCAAGCUGAGAAAUCAUUGGGGAAACUUGAUGGAAAAUGCAAAGAGGUCAUUGACUGCUGCACAGUCAACAUUGUCCAAAUAACCAGUCAGCAAUCUGGUGUAACUGAAGUCCAAUCCUGGCUCCUGUACAACUGCUUUGGGACACAUCAGUCUUUGCAAAUGGCUCUUCAAGGAAACAAGCAAGCUAAGUUCUCUUUGCCCAUCGGGGGGGUUGCUGUGCCUUUGCAAAAAGAUCCAGAAACUGGGAAACUGGCCCCAUUAAAAACGGAUCUUGUUGGACAGGCAUUUUGCUUCCUUCCUCUUUCCAUUCACACGGGUCUUCCAGUCAAUGUAAAUGGAACAUUUGCUGUGACGAGCAACCGAAAAGGUCUGUGGGAGAGUGGGGUGAAACAUGACUGGAACAAAGCCCUUCUUCAGGAUCCUGUACUGACAGCAUAUGUUACUGCACUUUUGGCACUAAAGAAAAUGUCUGAAAACGAGCAACUGGAAACUUACUGUUACCACACCUUUUGGCCUGAUAGAGAGAAAGUGAGUGAAACGUUCAAGCCUUUGGUUGAUGCAUUGUACUCCACCAUUGCUCAGCACUCCAUUGGCCCAGAGCUCUUUAGUGAUGGAGAACAUUGGUGCUCAAUGAACAAUGCCAUAUUUCUACACGAGAGCAUCGAAGAGGAUGAAGACAUCAGUGCACUUGCAGUGCAGGUGUGCAAGGAACAUGCAAAAGCACCCAACCAUGUUGUUUCCCUUCCACUGUGGUUGAGAAAUAGCUUCAAACAGGCUGGCCUAGAGAAGGUUUUACAGAAGAGAACAUGGAACUGGGACAAGUUUUACCAAGAAGCAGUGUUUAACAACCUUGGUACCAUGGACCCUAAGAGUAGAGAUACUCUUGUGCUGCAUGCUAUUGACCUUGAUUUCAAAGAAAUUGACAAACUACUGGUCAGCUAUCCAUGCAUCCCUACAAAAGGCGGACAGCUCCAGCACAUCAGGAAACUUGUGAAUCCGUCAGGGAAAGUGGCCUGUCUUUUUGAACCAGAAGAAGGACGCUUGCUUGGUGGUACCAAAAAUGACUUCUGCUCCCCCAAAAGGAUUCAACGCUUGUUGGAACUUGGAAUGGCAAAUGAUCGUCUCCCACUGGAAGACAUUACAGAGAAAGCAGGCACAAUCCCCAAAACCUGGAGCACUGACAAAAAGAAAGCAUGGGGGCAUUUGAAUUGCCUUCUUGAACUUAUGAAGAAUCACAUGAAUGAUGAAGACUCUCUCCACUGGGAAACACUGAGGAUGACUGAAUUUCUCCCAGCAUUUUCCCCCGGUGAUACAAAAAUGGAAAGAAGUGUCACACUUAAAAGGCCCACUGAUAUUUUUAGUGGCAAAUGCUCCCCACUCGUUAGCAUGACACAACACGUGCUGGAUCAUACCAAUCUGAAAAUACACAACAGUGAUCCAGUCCUGCAAAAUUUGGGAGUCCAUGACAGUCCAAGGCCUGAGAAUGUGCUCCAGCAGCUACAAGAAGCAUGUGAGCAAUCUCAAUCCAUUGACACAUCCGUGCUUCACAAAAUAGCGUGUGAAUGCUAUCAUUUCCUGAAUCAGUGGCUCAGUGAUUCUGGGGACCCCACUUUCAUUUCACAGAGGGCAAAUUCAUUCCCAUUCAUUCUUGUUGGCAGUACAUUUGUAAAUGUGAAUCAUGUAGCUGAGAAUGGGCAAUUUGAAGCAAAACCCUAUCUCUAUGUACUCCCAACUGCCUUCAUUGAUUUCAGGAGGCUCUGGGAAAGUGUAGGUGUUGAAAAAUGUUUUACAACAGGUCACUUUCUGACUGUGCUCCAGGAAUUGCACUCUCAACAUGGUAAGAAGACCCUGCCAAAGAGUGACCUAACAAUUUGCCUCAAAAUUCUAAAAGGAGGGAUAUAUGAGGCCAAAGAGAAAACAACGGUUGACUAUCUGAUACCCAAUGCAGAUGGAGUUUUACAACCUGCAAGUGAGAUGUUUUUCGACGACAGCCCAUGGAUGCCAGUCACUUCAGGUGUCACAUUAUGUCACGAGGAUAUUCCACGUGUUAUGGCUCGCCACUUUGGAAUCAAAACUACCAGGCAUCAUACCCUGCAAAACCACGUAGUUGAGAACAUUUCACCAUUCGCUUUUGAGUUUGAACAGCAGGAAAAACUAACUGUUCGAAUUAAAAACAUAAUUUCAGCCUAUCCAUCAAAGAAGGAUAUCCUUAAAGAGCUUGUCCAAAAUGCUGAUGAUGCAGAGGCUACAGAGAUUCACUUUGUUUGGGACAAACGCCAGCACGGCAAAGAAAAAACAUUUGGGAAGAAAUGGAACCAACUGCAGGGUCCAGCACUGUGUGUGUUCAACAACAAAGUGUUUUCUGAUGCUGACCUGGCUGGCAUUCAACAGCUGGGAGAAGGAGGAAAGCACAACUCUCCAGGGAAGAUAGGAAAAUAUGGAGUAGGAUUCAACUCUGUUUACCAUCUGACUGACUGCCCAUCAAUCCUCACUGGAGAUGAACUACUCUGCAUUUCUGAUCCCAAUCAAAAAUACAUUGAAUGCCAUUCAAACAAACCACCAGCUGGCACUGGCUAUAAACUAGCUGAUACUUUCAAGACCAUGUACAUGGAUGUCUACGAAUCCUUUCUUCCAGACAAAUUUUCUCUUAAAGAGGGCACCAUGUUCAGAUUACCUUUAAGGAUGGGUACCAUGGCAAACAGCUCUAAAAUAUCACAGCAGGCAGUCACUGACCAUGACAUGAAGGAGCUAUGCUCUGCACUCUCUGAAGAUCCUGAAGGACUUAUUCUGUUUCUGAAAAACAUCUGCAAAAUACAAGUCCAUGAAAUCAAUGAACAUUCAGAGAAACUUGAAACAAUCUUCAUGGUUGAAAAAAGUCUGCCAGAGAAAUUCAGAGAAAGAAAAGAUGCCUUUGUAAAACUUCAACAAAAUGCGCUGCAAUCUGACAAACCAAUAACGCCAGACAAGGCCAUUUACGGAACCGUGAUUUCAACCUCUGACAAAAGACAAACUAAAUGGAUCAUUGCAGAACAGUUUGGCUCAUUCAAAAACAGAGAACUAACACUAUCGGACAAACUUCCCCAAGCAGCAAUAGCGGCACGUGUGAGCAGAAAGAUGGGCAAAGGUUCAGAUAUACCACCAUCCAGACCUAUGAUUUUAAAUGGAGAAGCCUUUUGUUCGCUUCCUUUGCCAGGGAAAACUGGACUGCCAGUGCAUGUCAAUGCAAACUUUGAGGUAGAUUCUGCCAGGAGAAGCCUUUGGAAAGAAGACGGGCAAAGUCUGAAAUCUAACUGGAAUGAAUCUUUGAAACAAAAUGUCAUUGCUCCACUGUAUGCAGAUCUCCUUCAUUACAUCAGCCGUAGCAUUGCAGACAAGAAAGUUUCUUCUGCACGUGUUGAGUCAUACUUCAGUAGCUCGUACUUGUGUUUUUGGCCAACUGUGUCCAAAGAUGUUUGUCAGGAUUGGCAUGAAAUGAUACAUGAGGUAUACAGAUCAAUCAAAGAAAGAGGCCUUAAUAUGAUUCCAGUGUUGAGUUCAACACGCGUAAUUGCCGGCCAAGAACUAAAGGAGUACUCUUUUGACUGGUGCAACGUCAGAGAAACUGAAACAACUAAGUUACCAUACCUGACACUCUCAGGAAUGGAAGAGAUCAAUCCCAUUUUGGAAGAUCUUGGAAUGACAUUGGUUCCUUCUUGCAUGAACACAGUUUGGAGAAGUUUCAGAGCCGCUGGCAUUGAAGUGAAAGAUGUGAAUCCUUCAACUGUGCAGACUUUCCUGAGAGAAAAACCCCUCAAUGACCCAACCCAAACGGAUGAGGAUUUACCGUUGCCCAUAACUGCCACUCUGAUCAGAGAUGAAACAAGAUGUUCAAAGCUCUUGAGUUUCUGCUUAAAAGAUUUCGACUUGAAAAAGGUCAACUCCAAUGUACUCGAUGGGCUUCCACUUCUUCUCACAAGAGACAAAGUUUUGAGAGUGUUUGACUCAAAAUCUCCCAAGCUGAUAUCAAGAUAUGAAAGUCUGUUCUUUGGCUACGAGGACCACUUUGCAGAUUAUCAGACCAACACAGCUCAUAGUCAUGCUCUACAAAGUUCAGGCCUUGUCAACAGUUUGACAGUUCCCUGUGCAGCGGAUAAUCUGAAGCCGUUAAUUCAGCAGCUUCUUCAGGACUGUGAAGUUGAUCUACACAGUGGUCUUCAUGUCCCAAACGAGACCAUGUUGAAGUGGUUGAAAAAACUUUGGAUGUUCUUAACAAGUCAGAUUAAACCUGCAACAUCUAGUGGUGAUGAACAAAGUCUGACAAUAAGUGAUGUGAGGAAGCUCUUCAAUGACUGCUGCAUUUUACCCGUUGUGUGUCCAAGUUUGAACAACAAGCACUUCCUGCAAGCAAUGAAAGACAUGCCGAGUGUGAUUCAGUUCGCCUCAGAAAAGGACAUAUCAGGCAGCCUCUUUAAACUUGGUUUUAUGAAGCUUGACACUGUAUUCUUCAUUGACAAACAUUUCAACUGA